AUGGCCGCAGAUCGCCUAAGCUCACUUCUGAACCACCUUCGCCCUUCCGGGGGAAGCGGAGUCUCCGCCAUCACACAGAAGAACCCCGAUGACGUUGUCAUCACCCUUGCGCUGCGGACGCCACUUACCAAGGCCGCCAAGGGCGGCUUCAAGGACACCGACCUGGACUACAUGAUCUACGCUCUAUUGAAGGAGGUAGUGCAGAAGUCGAAGCUCGAUCCUGCCCUCAUCGAGGACGUCUGUCUGGGCAAUGUCAACGACGGCAAAGCGGCCUACCUCGUGCGCGCGGCCGCCCUCGCCGCCGGCAUCCCCCACACAGCCGGCGCGUCGUCGGUCAACCGGUUCUGCUCCUCUGGGCUGAAGGCCGUGCAAGACAUCGCGAACCAGAUCCAGCUGGGCGCGAUCGACGUGGGCAUCGCGGUCGGCGCGGAGCUGAUGUCUGCAGGCGGCGACCGGCUGCCGCGGCCGUUCAACGAGGAGGUGCUCAAGAACCAGGAAGCGGCGGACUGCAUGCAGCCGAUGGGCCAGACGUCGGAGAACGUGGGCGCGGACUUCAACAUCACGCGCGAGAUGCAGGAUACGUACGCGGCGGAGUCGUUCCGGCGGGCCGAGGCGGCGCAGAAGGCGGGCUGGUUCGAUGAUGAGAUCGUCCCCAUCACGACUAAGGUGAAGGAUCCCAAGACUGGAGAGGUCAAGACUGUGACCCUUACCCGCGACGAGGGCAUUCGGUAUGGUACCACUGUUGAAGCGCUGAGCAAGAUCCGGCCUGCGUUCCCGCAGUUUGGAACCCGGACGACGGGCGGUAAUGCCAGUCAGGUUACUGAUGGAGCUGCUGCUAUCCUACUCAUGCGCCGCUCCAAGGCCAUCGAGCUCAACCAGCCCAUCCUGGCCAAGUUCUGCGGCGCGACUGUCGCCGGUGUGCCGCCGCGCGUGAUGGGCAUCGGUCCCACCGCGGCGAUCCCCAAGUUGCUGUCCAAGUUCAACCUCAGCAAGGACGACAUUGACAUCUACGAGAUCAACGAGGCCUUUGCCUCGAUGGCUGUGUACUGCCUGAAGAACCUCGGCCUGGACCAUGCCAAGGUCAACCCGCGCGGUGGUGCGAUUGCGCUCGGCCACCCGUUGGGCGCGACGGGUGCCCGUCAGAUCUGCACAAUUCUCAGCGAAGCGCGGCGGACGAAGAGCAAGAUCCUGGUUACGAGUAUGUGCAUCGGCACUGGCCAGGGAAUGGCUGGUUUGUUUGUGAACGAGCAGGUUUAA